GUGUCCAGAUGUAGAGCAACAGUGCAAACCAUUGGGAAGCGAUGAUUAUCCACAUAUUGGCAUCACCGAUUUGGGGAUUGGCCACGGUACCAUCCGCUUGGAUAGUGCCAAAAUCUGUCAGCGCCAUCGAAAACCAGCAAGUUACUGCUGCUAACGCAACGUUGAGUUUCCAAUUGUUUGAAAAUGUAUUGGGGAUAUUUUCCUUCGACGAAUUUUCUCCAGUCUCUCCAACUCCUACUUUGUUGUCUUUAUCGAUCUUUGUACUCUGGUAAUUUGCUACCACGCCAGUAAUCCUCGAGUUUUCUUCCGUAGAUGACAAAGCCGUAUCGAUAUUUUCAAUAUCAUCGUCAUCGGAACUGUCGAACGUCGCGUCCCCACCAAGCGAAUUGUCGGCGGUUGCUGACCAUCCAACAUAGCCGAGACUUACAACUGUAAGUCCCACACCGAUAGCAAUGGAAAGAACGUCAUCGGUUUUGAGUUGUGGAUUGCACACAGCGUUCGGAUUUCGGGCAACUGCGUUGUAGCAAAGCAUGGUUGCAUACGCUGUAAUUAUACUGCUAGCAAGAAGACUACCUUCGUUUCCAGUCAGCUGCGCUCCGAUGACCGUCAGUGAUAGAAUAAUUGUAAUUGCUAUGAAAGCAACAUUGGUACCGCAGCCACCGAAGAAGUAAAAUAGUAGUCCCCAUCCCACCAUGGAAGCAAGAAGCAGAAAAGCAGCGCUUACUACAAUAGCUACUAGCCACUUUUUUCCAGAACCCGUCUCUUCGCUUUCGGCUUUGUUUGACCUUUCGACCCAUCCGUCGUUCCAAUUAUGAGCAAGAUCAACAAAGAUCACUUGUUGAAAUAAAAUGAAGAAAAUAGUUCCAACUCUGGCGACAUUCAGAUAAAUGCUCGUGAAUAGUGGAUCAUUCGGCACGAAGCACAUGCCAGCAACCAUGAAAAGGAAUAAGAUGUACUUUGCAGGCCAAGCUUCUCGAUUAGCUGUCCUCUUGCAGGCAACGGCAACGGCCGCCAGGAGGAAAAAUACCAAUGCGCUAAACGCAGCUCGAUAGACACCUGUUUGUCCGGCACAACGUUCCACAAGAGCUUUGGUUUCAAGGUCAUUGCAACCACUCAACCAAGCAUUUGUCACGUAAUUAUCAAUUUUUAUAUUGACAACAUAAUGUGCAACCCAGUACUGAAAUACAAAUGCGAUAGCGAUGGCUAUGCACAAGAGCAGGACUGAACGCUUUCUUCCAGACGAUGAUCCAGGUGCAAUGGAACUAGGUUUGUCAUUGCCACAGCAAGCUCCCAUCAAUGAUGCUCCUGCCGAACAAAAGCAAAAGGUCACACUCGAGACGAUGCAAGAAAUAAAAGGUACCUGCGAAAGCAAAAAUGACAGAGAACAAAAAUAUUCGAAAUAUACGGAUAAGAGAACGUAAAAUAAAAUAUGCAAAAUCUCCGUCAGCUGGUCGCGAACAUACCAUGGUGUCGUAUUGUAAACAGUUCAAUCGGUGCGGGUUUCUACCUUUGUUUGUUCUCUCUUUUCGCUUCAAGGGCACCUUUGCUGCAACAAACGAGUACGAGUAAGUCAAUUCUGAUUGAUACUCUCUCAAAUCUCAAAACAAUUGAAUGCGUCAAACCAUCCUCGGGAUUUUUGAAUUUUUUUAGUCGUGUUUCGUCUUGGUUUCGAAUUUGGAUCGGCACUUAAGUACCUGGUACUUCAAAGUAGCUWCGAGUAAAAAAUACUAGUAGAAAAUAAGAAAUAUUGUACUGUACUACGUAGUAAUCUCGCUCUAGUCCAUAGUAGUAAUAGUACGUACAACACAGUUUGCACCUCUUUAGCUGGAUUAUGAGCGAUUGUAAUGGUUCUUUUUUUAUUUAGACUAAUUUAUUUCAACAAUACAGAUAGUUGUAUUAAGUACCUGCUGAUGUACCUUCUAUUAAUAAGCUCAAUAGUUAUUCAAAAACAGUCAUGUCUUCUUGUAGGACUCGUUCAGGAAGUGCAUCUAAUCCGGCCUUUAUUCCGCAAACUCCUUCCACUGGUUAUAGCAAACAGAAACGCCCAAAUAGUAGUGAUAUCCCAAGCAAACCAGCAACUGCUGCAGCAGCAAAAGGCACUACCAAAUCUUAAACAAAACACACAAAAAGUUGUUCUAGGAGGAAAAAGCGAACCCCCCCCAACCAACUGUCAUGUAGCCAAUCCUUCUUAUACACCUCUCACUACGAAUAGGGCACAGGUUCUUGACCAAGACAACUUAUGCUUGAAAAAAUUGCAAACUGCUAAAUUCUUAUAUGUUGGAAACAAACUGAAGCACAAUAUGCUACUCCUUCCUUCAUCAAAACUGUUUGCAACGAACUCAAGACUACUUUUGGCGUCUUGCGUGAUUGUGUUUUUGUGUUAACGAAGAUAUCGAAGGCACUUUUGUCUGCAGAAACAAAGAAAACCAAUUCUACUUUCAAAGAAUCAUUACAGAUGCCUUCUAUUCAUUUUGGCAUUGACCUCUUUUUGUAUACUACAUCCCCUGUGGGUACCUCAAAAAAAUACAAACUGUCUGAUGGGAAAAAUCCUCACCCUUUUCCACGAGGCUUACCCAUCUGAAUUGCAAGGAGGAAUAUAACUCACUAUUCACUGUGCUUGGGGCGUCAAAAGCUAGAGCAAUUCUUAACAAGAACAUGAAGAAUGACGUUUCUGAUAACCAAGGUGGUUUGAUUUCCUAUGAAACAAUGUGUAGGUAUCUCGCUCUCUACAGGCAUUCCAUUCAUUUUUAUAUGAAUAAUGUAGAAUACCCACCUGCACCUGAUCAGUGCRAGAAAGGACUGCUUUGGUUUGAUUGGUCCUCCCAACACCUAACAAAAGCCAACCACGACUACUUUGAAUGGUUCUUUCUAUCUUUGACUUGCUUGUUGAACAAGAAACACUCAAAACCUUUUUUGCAUCUGGUGUUCAUUUAAAAUUUCUCAAGGAAUGUCGGAAGUUACUGUUGCAAUUGCCUCGUGCACAGAAGUAUGUGGGGGAGAGAUGUUCUCUGAUGUGCCCUCCUCAUCUUCCAAACGCAGCAGAUGUUGUCUCACUGUCAAAAGAUGAAGUAAGCAGAGAGAAGUUAUUCAAUGAAGUACUUUGUGGUUUCUGGAAGAACUUGAACAGGAUAGAAACAGUUGCAGUAUUUUCUUUGUUGCGUCUCUUGCAUUUUGCAGGUUCUCUGGCCCUCRAAUUUGAUGAGUUUUACACCUUUUUUACCCCAACUACACAAUUCCUCUUUUGUCUUUGUCCCUCUGAGCAACCCUGCCAGCCAAUUGGAUGAAACCAUAGUCAUUUUCCUUAAGCUAGAACAUCCCACUGUUUUCAUGCUGGUCCGUCACUGGAAAACACUGGGUAAAUUAUACUCAGCCAAGGUGUCAUACAACACCAACAAAAAUCAGCUUGCGACCCUUCCUCCAAGCCAUUGUGAAACUGGCAUCAUUUCUAUUGUAUGUACAUUACCAACAGAUUGGUCCAACUGCUGGAACGAAGACUUGACACGUGAAUGGCUCUUCUACAGAACCUCCAAAUCCUUCACUCAGUUUGAAGAAUAUGACAACAAAAAGAUUAUGGUUUACUUGAGUUCUCUGGAGAAAUUGACAGAUUUUCCUAAUCACUUCUAGCUAGUAGCACACAGCAGUAGCUACUACUACUUGUAGUAGUAGUAGUAGCUAGUAUUAGGAGUACUAAAAGCAGACAAUUUAUGAGGCUAUGAUACUAGUAGUACUUCUUGAACUUCUUGUUGCAAUAGAUGAGGACUCUUUGCAUUUGUCAUUCUUGUUCAAAAGAGUUGCUCCUUUUAUGUACUACCAUUGUCAAAAUUUUGUUUCCCUUGUUAACACACCACUUUAUUUUGGUAGCGUGCAAAAAUAAUUUUUAUAUCAUGCAAAUGCCAAUCUUUUCUAUGUUCCUACUGAUUAUAUGUGUUCUACAGAGUCAUUCAUGGAAUCCAAUGGCCAAAAUCUCCCAAAAUCGUGAAGUAAAUACUGCACAAUUAUUUUGGAAAAAAUAGAGUGGGGCAAACUGUACCAUUCUUUUGGAACAGAGGUGAUAGUUUGGAAGGCAAGCACUGCUGGCAAUCAUCAUCUUAGUUUGAGAUACUGCUAUUAUUUACCAGUAGCACCAGUAUUAGUGCUACUACUAGUAGUAUUUAGUAGUACUACCAUUUGACUGACAUUCUAAAACAAACAAUACCACUACUAGUGAUACUAUGGUACUGGUAGUACUAGUACUAGGGAUGAGAUGCCCCUUCCUACCACCACAGACAAUUCUUGUUUUCCCAGAUUACUACUACUACUAUUAGUAGUAGGAAUGAAGAGGGUCCCUUCACUACUUUGUAUUGUUGUAGUCAGAAUAUAUCAAACCUGUUUAACCACUUUGUAUUGUUGUAGUCAGAAUAUAUCAAACCUGUUUAACCACUUUGUAUUGUUGCAGUCAGAAUAUAUCAGGGUCCCUUCACUACUUUGUAUUGUUGUAGUCAGAAUAUAUCAAACCUGUUUAACCACUUUGUAUUGUUGCAGUCAGAAUAUAUCAAAACCCUUUAACCACUUUGUAUUGUUGCAGUCAGAAUAGAUCAAAACCAUCUCUCAAGUUAGAUUUGGAUAAUAGUAUCUCCCUUGUUCUAAUACUCAUUUUCAGUUGUGAACUUUUUGUUUCUCAAACUACUGGGACACUUGAUUCCAUAUGGCCAGUUUAUUUGGUGAACUAGCCCACAUUUUGGAUAAAUGGACAUAUAUAAGGAGCUGGUGCACCCCCCUUGUUGAAGAAUGAUGGCCACUGGUAGUAGGUCUUCCUUGUUUCAUUUGGACCCCCUGGUGUGCUUUGUUCUUGCAAAGCCAAAAGAUUGGCUGGUUGUGCCCCUUUCAAAUAGCGUGGCAAUAUAGUAGCAAUAGAUAGUACUACUAGUACUGGUGAUAAAGAAGCUAACAGUCUCAAAUAGUGAUUUUGGGGCAAUGUCUGUGAUAAAUCAUAAUAGGAUGGUGAGAGAGACGUUGGUACCAAAGGCAAAGGUCUUCCUUCGGACAAGGUGCUUUUUGUGGCUGCUAUGAGUGACUUUGGGCACACUGCUACCAGCCCACCCUGCUUUGUCAUUAUGCUCAAAGCCACCAGAGGAAGCACCAUGUUACACUAUCAGAUCUUCAUAAAAUCAACUACUACUAGAGGUGAUGUUGCCACCAGUGGCUUGUGUUGAGCAUUAUUUGAUAAGGGGAGGUCAAUGACGGGGCAAAGAAUCCCAUUUUAUGCUGGUGAUUUUUUGUGUUUUCAGUCACUUGAUAAACAUACCAGGUCCUUACACAUACUUCCUCUCCACAGUCCCACCAGUGUUUCAGACAGCAGUUGCUGGGUGACUUUUAAGACCUUCAAAGUGCAGCUGAAUGCUAGCAUUAGUCUAGUUGUGUGUAAUAAGGAAGCAGACCAUUCUGUUCUCUGGGAACCUGGCAAGCAAGGUCAUAAUAAUUGUUAAAAUGCUGUUAAUCUUUGAUGUUUGGGUGUAUUCAGACAGUCCUAAUACUACUUUAUCGUCAAACUUCUUUAGUAAAGAUAGUAAUACUGCUAGUAGUAGUACUGGUACCUAGAAUACAACUAUUAGUUUACUAGUUCUAGUAUUUCAUCAAAUGACACUAAUAGUACUGCUGCCUUGUCUGCUGCUAAUGGUUGUUUUGGAAUUUUCACAUACAACAAAUUUUCAGGCUUGAGCCUACUAAUCUUUGACAAAAAUAAUUACUACUAGUAGUGCUUUGACUCUGAUGGUUGAAGCCUGAACUACUACAAUCAGUACAAGUAGUAGAAGUUUUUUGGUAGUUUUCUCAUUCUUGUUCUAAUGGGAUAAGAAAUUUCACUAAUGCCAGCAUAUCUGUAGAACAAUUAGUAUCACCACCAAUUACGCUGAUUCAUUACUAACCAGCAGCAUUGGAUGAACAAGCUUAUUGAAACUAGAUGACAUUUUGAGCAAUUUGGUCUAGAACAAAUCCAUUUCCAACAUUGACAGCAAAUACUAAUGCUUGGUCUCAAAAGAAUAAGAAGUUGUAGCUGAAAUUGCACAUUCGAAACAAUAAAAUGUCCACCUCUAUCUCCUCACAGGUUACACUACCGGUGAUAGGUAUUCUGGGAGGACCAUAACAAGGCUACUCUCUACAGGGGGAGGGCACACAGAGUCUGUAUACUCAUCAGUAUAAUCAAGAGUAUUCUUUCUACUAUCACCAGUAGUACUGAUACAGAUUACACUCGGUACACCUAAAUAUAAAAAAUACUGGUGACUAAAAAAACUUGAAUACCUAUUAUGUUGCAAUGUAGCGUUUCUACUAGCUAUGUUCAAUGAUUAUGAUAGUAGUGAUCACUGUGAAGAUUUGUUCAUAAGCAUUAGCGACUCAACGACACUCUUUUCAGUUUCAGAGGCAUUGGGACCUUGUGUGUUGUUUGAACUCUCGGUUUUUGCUCGCUUUUCAUCAGAAUUGUUUUUGUAGGCAUCAGCACCAGUUGCAAGAAGCCUUUUCUUUGGCGGACGCUUCUUGUUGGGGUCUUGUUUUGAAUUGAACCUGUUAGUACUUUUAUCAGAAUUGCUCGUUACUUUGUUGAUUUCCCCGCUACUGCUCGUUGAGAUCCAGGGGUCCAAAGUGUCCUUGAAGGCUCCUGAAGUCAACUGUUUAUUUGGCGGAACAAAACGGCAAGAUGCGUCUACUUUUUUCGAACUAUUUCGGAUAGGCCUCAAGCAAAGAAGUAUCUCUUGAUCUGCUUUAGGCCCAGAAGUCUCACUGCUCUCAGUAGACUUCGAAUUUGUAGCCUU